UUUUAUAACAGAAAUACUUUAAAGUAUUGUAGCAUUGACAAAGACUUUGAUAAAACUUUUAUUUCAUUAAAAAUGAUCUAAUCUGCCAACUUUGAUUUACACGUGCAAAUUAACAAGAACUAUUAUAUGAACUGAAACGUAAUUUAAAGAACUUAAAAUUUGAAAUUAAGGACAAACAAAAAAAUACCUUAGUUCUUGGAAAAAAUAUAAAUAGAAGUAAAAUAUUUCUUCCAAAGAGGAAAGGAUAGAGGAGCAUUUUUUAAAAGUUGAAACUGGUGAAUCGAAUUAUUCGAUUCAUUUAGGCAGCAUAGGUCUGAGGACCUCUUUGUGGCAAGAAUUAUUAUUUCCGGCGAGACGGAUUCAACGACAGCAAGAAAUUGCUUUAGGAGCGUAUCCCCAAACAUAAGGACCACGGGGAUUUGGAGACGCAAACGAAGAAGAAUUAGGAACAUCAAGGAAAAAUGGCGUACGAUGAUGUUAUACUUCGAAUGGGAGAAUUUGGCCGCUAUCAGCGCAGAAUCUACCUGUUGCUUUGCCUGCCGGCGAUAUCUUGCGCCUUUCAUAAGAUCGUAGGUGUCUUCCUGAGCGCGCAAAUGAACGCUAGGUGUCUCUUACCGCACGAAAAUCCAGAAAACGCCACAUAUAUUUUACCGCCACACAUGAUGAAUGCAAGUUAUCCGUGGGACUAUGAUCAUGAAGAAUGGUUACAGUGUUUCAGACUUGAUGUUCCCAGUGUGAUUAACAAAACUAGGAUCAAUAGGUACGUUGAUACAUCGACGGGCGACACACUCGGUCAAGAUCUGGUCACUCCAAAUAGUCUCAACAAUCAAGGAUUGAAGCCAUGCGAGACAUAUGUCUAUGACAGAAGCAAAUAUAAAAGCACCACUAUUUCGGAGUGGAACUUAGUUUGCGACAAGGCAUGGUUGAAAGCUACGGGGGACUCGUUGUUUAUGGUAGGAGUCAUGCUUGGCUCGAUGAUUUUCGGUGGUUUGUCCGAUAAGUUUGGGCGUAGACCAAUUUUCUUCCUGUCUUUAGUCAUACAGUUGGUCGGCGGUAUACUAGUCGCAGUUUCACCUGAGUUUAUUUCCUACGUUAUCUUGAGGUUAAUAGUUGGCUCGACUACCAGUGGAGUCUUCUUGGUUGCCUACGUUAUAGCCUUGGAAAUGGUAGGCCCAAGGAAGCGUUUAGUAGCCGGAGUUGGCUGCCAAUUGUUCUUCACCACUGGAUAUAUCCUAACUGCUGGUUUCGCGUAUUUUAUAACUGAUUGGAGAAUGCUACAAGUCGCUAUCACUGUACCUAGCAUUGCAUUUCUUCUCUAUUGGUGGUUCAUUCCUGAAUCUGCACGUUGGCUAUUAACAAAAGGUCGAGUACAAGAAGCGAAAGAUAUUCUUCAACGGGCAUCCUUAGAAAAUGGGGUGGAGAUGCCAAGUGAAGCUUUGGAUACGCUUCUUAACAACAAUAGUGAAGAUAGUACACCGGAUUAUAAAAAGCCAUCAUUAUUCGAUCUUUUUCGGUAUCCAAAUUUGAGAAGGAAAAGUAUUCUACUAUCUUUUAAUUGGCUUGUAAAUAGUGGUACAUAUUACGGACUUUCUUGGCAUGUCUCCAAUCUUGGUGGCAACGAUUAUGUCAAUUUCGUAAUUUCUGGAUUCGUGGAAGUACCUGCUUACACAUUUUUAAUCUUCACAUUGAAUCGCUGGGGAAGAAAAAUUAUCUUAUGUGGUUGUAUGCUGAUAUCUGGAAUUGCACUACUUGGUAUUUUGUUUGUACCUACUGAUGCUCAAUGGCUUGUAGUAUGCUUAGCAAUGAUUGGUAAGCUCACGAUUACGUCCUCCUAUGGUGCUAUAUACGUUUUUACUGCCGAACAAUUUCCCACGGUUAUUCGAAAUGUUGGUCUUGGAGCAAGUUCAACCUUUGCACGAAUCGGUGGAGUAAUUGCUCCAUAUGUCAUUCAUUUGUCUAAAAUCUGGAUGCCUUUACCUUUUGUUAUUUUCGGAUCAUGCGUACUUUUCGGUGGAGCAAUGUCCUUACUCCUUCCAGAAACGUUAAACAAAAAACUCCCAGAAACUAUACAAGACGGAGAAUUAUUCGGAAAGAAAUCUUCGGAAAAAAAGAAGAAGCAACAAUUAGAUGUAGAGCAACUAAAUGAAAUUGAUGUAAUAAAACCAUUGAAACCACAAGAAAAUGGUAUUCACGAGAAGCAAAACGGAUGACGUUAAUUUAUAAAGCAAAUAUCGGUUAUGCUCAAAGUAUAUACUUCAA